GGCUACAAACAACAGUCAUCGAGUCUUGUUGCUCAUAUACCACGUACCACUCUGAUCAGUGACGCUUGUUAGUCGUAAAAAUGUCGCGUCCGGUGGUCGGUUUGCUCGUACUUUUACUCUGUGCCUUUACAGCAAGAGCAGCAUGGGUCACUAGUAAAAGAAACACAUGUGAAGGAGAACUGACUGGAUCCAAAGGAACCUUUUCCAGCCCAAACUAUCCUCAGAACUACCCUGACAAUGCGCUGUGUCAGUGGACCAUCAAAGGACCAUCAGGAACAACAAAAAUUGAAGUCACUUUUGAAGACUUUGAUGUGGAGUGGGGAUCGUCGUGCGAAUGGGAUAGCGUGAUAAUAAAGGAUAAAGAAGGAAACCAAGUAGGCAAAACACUCUGUGGACGCCUUGAUAAACCAAAGAUAGCCGUCCCAGGAGACACAGUGGUCGUGGUCUUCAAGUCCGAUGACGCAGCAAAUGAAAAAGGCUUUCAGGCGAAUUUUGUAGCCAUCGCUCCCGUCAAACCUCCUGAAAUUGGCAGCUGCAACUUUGAUGAAGGUUUAUGUACAGGACUCAUGAAUGUUGGCAAAGACGAUUUUGAUUGGACAAUUAAUAGUGGUGCUACACCUACAGCUAUGACUGGACCUAAAACCGAUCAUUCAGGGCAAGGCAAGUACAUAUACAUGGAAUCGACUGGUCGAGCUGAAGGAGACAAAGCUCAUCUUGAGACAGAAGUCAUAUCUGGUCAAAGAUGUCUUCGUUUCUUCUAUCACAUGUACGGUAUCAUUGGCAUGGGAAGCCUGAACGUCUAUAUUCAAACUAGAAAUACGAGGAGCCUGGUAAUGAGUCUAUCUGGUAAUCAAGGCAACGAGUGGAAAGAAGUUCAUCUACAAAUAAAUGAGAAGCUUCCUUAUAAGGUUGUUUUCGAAGGAAUAGUUGGAAAGUCUGACUUCUCAGAUAUAGCCCUAGAUGACCUAUCUUUCUCCAAAACGCCUUGUCCUAUUGUGACAGGAAGAUGCGGUGGUAUUCUUACCGAGUCCAGUGGAUCGUUCUCUAGUCCUGGUUUUCCUAAUGACUAUCCAGAUAACAGUCGUUGUCAGUGGAUCAUUCAACCUCAAGUCAAGACUGCUGUUAUCAUCAUUACGUUCAACCCGUUCGCAGUAGAGAUGGCGCCAGGAUGCGGAGACGAUUACGUCAUCGUGGCAGAUUCUCAAGAUCAGCCGAUCAAGCAGCAACGAUUUUGUGGUUUCUAUGGUGAUGGAUUUGGACUUAAGGUCCCUGGUCACGUGGCUAAGGUGUAUUUCCAUAGCAACGACCACUUGGCAAGAAAAGGAUUCCAUGCAUCAUACAAAACCAUCCCGAUCACUUCAGCAGGUGAUUGUGACUUCGAUAAUGAGAUGUGCCCAGCCUGGACCAAUGUCGGCACUGAUGAUUUCGAUUGGUCAAUUGGUAAAGGAAACACGCCAAGCUUUUUCACAGGGCCAUCACGUGACUUCUAUGGAUUAGGAAACUAUGCAUUCACUGAAGCGAGUAAACGGCGUCUUGGAGACAGAGCAUUGCUAGUCAGCGGCUUCAUGAGUGGUACCCAGUGCCUCUCUUUCUCGUACAAUAUGAACGGCAGAGGUAUGGGCUCGCUGAUUGUAUUUGUCAAAGGCAGUGAUGGGGUUUCACGAACAGUAUGGACGACCUCAGGUGAUCAUGGGAAGUUUUGGUUGACUGAGAGCAUUAACAUCUUUGUGGACCAGCAACCAUACCAGGUGGUGUUUGAAGGAGUUGUUGGUCGUAUUUUCACAAGUGACAUCGCAAUCGAUGAAAUCUCUUUCAAACGUGGCCGCUGCCCCAUGACAUCCGGAUGUGGAGGGCUGUUGACUGCAGCAAGUGGUUCUUUCCAUAGCCCAAAUUUCCCCUCACCCUACCCCAGUGGGGUGGAUUGUACGUGGACUAUCAUACCUCCCCCUCAGUUUGAAGACGUGGCCAUCACUUUUCACCAUGUUGAUCUUGAACAAAGUCCACACUGCAGAAAAGAUUACCUGGUUGUAGAGGACAUCACAGGGACCCUGAAAGGCAGUAAAAUUUGUGGAACAAAAACCAACCAAUCAGUGGAGGUCGACUGGCACCAGUCACGUGUUCACUUUCAUUCAGAUAAAGACGUAACAGCACAAGGAUUUGAAGCAUCUUACCGGGCAUUUGGAUCUUUACCGGCUUGUGGAGGAGAGUUGGCAGGGAAUACUGGAACAUUUUCAAGCCCUAAUUACCCAUCACAUUACCCUAACAGAAUAGUBUGUGACUGGGAGAUCCAGGCAGAGCCAGACAUCCAACAAAUUCUCAUAACAUUCGAGGAUUUUGCCAUCGAUGACUCCCCUCUUACAUGUUCCUAUGACUAUCUCUUAAUCAUCGACUCUCAACACCGAAAACAAGUAGGGAAGUACUGUGGCAUGACUAAACCACUGCCCAUAAAGAUCGCAGGCAAUGCAGCCAAUAUUCGUUUCCAGGCUUCUCACUUAAGCUCUGCGCGUGGUUUUAAGGCUCAUUAUACAACACUGUAACUAGGCAAGAACUGUUUUGACCUGUAACUUUAAUUGAUCUGGAAAUGCUGAAUAAAAUAAUGAAUUAUUCAACUAAAUAUUAA